AUGGCUCUCCGCAUUGCUCCAUCCUCCUCACAUGCAACCUCAAUCUCCAACACCGGCUCCAGCAUUCCCACGAAGGGCGCCCCUUCCGCCCCAGGUCUACACGAUACCCUCCGUACAAACCUCUCCCUCAAUGAGAAAGGAAGUUUUGCCACCUCAUCUUCAGAAACGACCACCCAAUCAACACACCCUCUCGAAUCUCGCCUUCGCAACUGGCAGAGCACACAAGACCAACUCAAGUCCUCUCUCUUGCGAAAACAAUACGGUAUUGGAGAACCUGUGAGGAGAGGCAUGGAAUUGAAGGUUUGUAGGGAGGGAGAGUACAGACCACAAUGUUUAGGGGGUAGCGCAAAUGUCGGGGGAGACAUCCUCGCGGGACGGGACUGUGAGAUGGGUUGGGAGGAUAUUUACUGGAAUGAUGGUUCGGGGCCGGCGAGUGGAGAGGUACAGGCGGAAAUGGAUUCGUUAGUGGGAGCCGGAGAAUGGUAG